GGGCAGUGCCGGGAGGCGGAAGCAGCUGCGGCCAUGGCGGCCGCCAUGCCGCUCCGGCUACUGGUAGUACUGCUCCUGGGACCGGGCACCUGGGGUCGCGCGCAGCCCCCUCGCGACAGCCUGCGGGAGGAGCUCGUCAUCACCCCGCUGCCCUCCGGGGACGUCGCCGCUACGUUCCAGUUCCGUACACGCUGGGAUUCGGAGCUGCAGCGGGAAGGAGUGUCUCAUUACAGGCUCUUCCCCAAGGCCCUGGGGCAGCUGAUCUCCAAAUACUCUCUGAGGGAGCUGCACCUGUCAUUCACGCAAGGCUUUUGGAGGACCCGGUACUGGGGGCCACCCUUUCUGCAGGCCCCUUCAGGUGCAGAGCUCUGGGUCUGGUUCCAAGACACUGUCACUGAUGUGGACACAUCUUGGAAGGAGCUCAGUAAUGUGCUCUCAGGGAUCUUCUGUGCCUCUCUCAACUUCAUUGACUCGACCAACACAGUCACUCCCACUGCCUCCUUCAAACCCCUGGGGCUGGCCAAUGACACUGAUCACUACUUCCUGCGCUACGCUGUGCUGCCACGGGAAGUUGUCUGUACCGAGAACCUCACUCCAUGGAAGAAGCUCUUACCUUGUAGUUCUAAGGCAGGCCUCUCUGUGUUACUGAAGGCAGAUCGCCUGUUCCACACCAGCUACCACUCCCAGGCCAUACAUAUCCGCCCUAUCUGUAGAGAUGCACGCUGUACCAGCAUCUCCUGGGAGCUGAGGCAGACCCUUUCAGUUGUAUUUGACACUUUUAUCACGGGGCAGGGGAUGAAAGACUGGUCCCUUUUCCGAAUGUUCUCCCGAACUCUCACAGAGCCCUGUCCGCUGGCUUCAGAGAGCCGAGUUUAUGUGGAUAUCACUGGCUUCAACCAGAACAAUGAGACUUUGGAGGUGAACCCACCCCCCACUACCACAUACCAGGACGUCAUCCUAGGAACCCGCAAGACCUAUGCUGUCUAUGACCUGUUUGACCCAACCAUGGUCAAUAAUUCCCGAAACCUCAACCUCCAGUUCAAGUGGAAGCGACCUUCCGAGACUGAGGUCCCGCCAGUUCCCUUCCUGCAUGCUCAGCGAUACGUGAGUGGCUAUGGGCUGCAGAAGGGAGAGCUGAGCACACUGCUGUACAACACUCACCCUUACCGGGCCUUUCCCGUGCUGCUCCUGGAUGCAGUGCCCUGGUACCUGCGGCUGUACGUGCACACCCUCACCAUCACCUCCAAGGGCAAGGAGAACAAACCAAGUUACAUCCACUACCAGCCCGCUCAGGAUCGGCAACAGCCCCACCUCCUGGAGAUGCUGAUUCAGCUGCCAGCCAACUCAGUUACCAAGGUCUCUAUCCAGUUUGAGCGAGCUCUGCUCAAGUGGACCGAGUACACUCCAGACCCCAACCACGGCUUCUAUGUCAGCCCUUCAGUCCUCAGCGCCCUUGUGCCCAGCGUGGUGGCAGCCAAGCCUGUAGACUGGGAAGAGAGCCCUCUCUUCAACACCCUCUUCCCAGUCUCCGAUGGUUCCAGCUACUUUGUGCGGCUCUACACAGAGCCGCUGCUGGUGAACCUGCCCACGCCAGACUUCAGCAUGCCCUACAACGUGAUCUGCCUCACAUGCACUGUGGUGGCCGUGUGCUACGGCUCCUUCUACAACCUCCUCACCCGAACCUUCCACAUUGAGGAACCCAGCACAGGUGGCCUGGCCAAGAAGCUAGCCAACAUCAUCCGGCGUCUCCGUGGUGUCCCCCCUCUCUGAGACACUCCUUCUUCAGCAGUUGCAGCUGGACCCCUCCCUGUAGAGGGGCGGUGAUGACUCCCAGGGCUCUUCUGUCCAUGUUCUCUCCAGAGUUGGCUUUCCAACCAGCUACCCCUGGACCGGACAAGGCCUAGAGUUGUGUGGUCCAGCCUGGUAGUCACGAGCCACAUGUAUUUAAAUUUAAAUUAACUUAAAAGUGUAUUUCCUCCGCUGGCCACACUUGAAGCACUCAGUAGCUGCUUUGGAUAGCCUGGAAGGAUAUUCUCAUCGCUGCAGGAAGUUCUCUGGGGAGCACUGAGCUGGGUAACUGGGUGUGUGGAAGAAUUUGUAUCACUGUGGUGGGUGAGAUUUACUUGUGAAAUAAAAAAGUGGCUGUUGGGGCUGGGAAGGUG